AUGAUAAUAUUAAUGAUAAUGAUUUUAUUGAAAUUCUAUUACUAUAUAACACUACUACAAUUAAAUUAUAUUAAUGGACAAUUGAAUGAAUGUAAUAAUUUACAAGAGGAUCGAACAAUUUCACAUAUUAAUUAUGAUACAAAUGAACUUAAUCCUAUUGAUAAUAACAAUCCAUUAGAAAUGGAUAUUGUAAAUAUAAAAGAAAUGGAAUGGAAUGAUCAAAAAUCAAUAACACGUAGUUGGCCAUUAGAUGUAAUCAAUAAUGAUGAAUGUCAUCAGAUGAAUAAAAACUCUAAUGUAAAUAAUCCAUGCCAAGAAUUAAAACAAAACCAGGAGGAAAAUGAAAAGGAUGUAAAAUGUAAUGAAGAAGCAUAUAAUAGAAGGAACAAAAUCAGAUCAAAUCAAAAUAAGAUAAUGAUGAAUAAAGAAAAAUCCAAUAGAAUAUAUGGUAAUCAGUUUGAGGAAUUAAGCCAAACACAGUGUAAUCAGCUAGAAAAUGGAAAAAUAUACGACAUAGAACAACUAAACUGGAAGGUGAGAAAUGAAGAAUACGGUAAAACCGAUGAAGGAAACACGAUGAUAAAUUAUGAAAAACUAUUGCAAACAAAAGAAAAAACAAGCGAACACGAGAAAAAAAACAAAAAUAAUGGAACUGAAAUAGAAAAACGUAAACCAAAUAAACAAAAUGAACAGAAAACAGGAAAUAAAACAAAAAGUAAAAACAAAAACAAACAAAUCUCCAUGAAUGAAAACAAAAAUAAAACAAGAAAUGAAAACAAAGAACAAGCUGAACCAACAACAAAAUUACAAGAAUGUUCAGAUGUCACAGCAGUCCCACCAGUCUACAAUCAGUCCACCACACAAUCCACAUCGACCACCACUCAAACACCACUCAUUACAACACAAUACCUACAACCAUCAUCAACAUUACAACCAGUUCCAAUUGUCACGUCCAACAAAUCAAGCGACGCUGAAUAUAGCAUUAAUGGAAUAUUGACGAACACUGAAUCUUCAAUCUAUACAACAAAAUACGUCCAACCAUCAUCAACAUUACAACCAGUUCCAGUUGUCACUGCAGUCCCACCAGUCUACAAUCAGUCCACCACACAAUCCACAUCGACCACCACUCAAACACCACUCAUUACAACACAAUACCUACAACCAUCAUCAACAUUACAACCAGUUCCAAUUGUCACGUCCAACAAAUCAAGCGACGCUGAAUAUAGCAUUAAUGGAAUAUUGACGAACACUGAAUCUUCAAUCUAUACAACAAAAUACGUCCAACCAUCAUCAACAUUACAACCAGUUCCAGUUGUCACUGCAGUCCCACCAGUCUACAAUCAGUCCACCACACAAUCCACAUCGACCACCACUCAAACACCACUCAUUACAACACAAUACCUACAACCAUCAUCAACAUUACAACCAGUUCCAAUUGUCACGUCCAACAAAUCAAGCGACGCUGAAUAUAGCAUUAAUGGAAUAUUGACGAACACUGAAUCUUCAAUCUAUACAACAAAAUACGUACAACCAUCAUCAACAUUACAACCAGUUCCAGUUGUCACUGCAGUCCCACCAGUCUACAAUCAGUCCACCACACAAUCCACAUCGACCACCACUCAAACACCACUCAUUACAACACAAUACCUACAACCAUCAUCAACAUUACAACCAGUUCCAAUUGUCACGUCCAACAAAUCAAGCGACGCUGAAUAUAGCAUUAAUGGAAUAUUGACGAACACUGAAUCUUCAAUCUAUACAACAAAAUACGUCCAACCAUCAUCAACAUUACAACCAGUUCCAGUUGUCACUGCAGUCCCACCAGUCUACAAUCAGUCCACCACACAAUCCACAUCGACCACCACUCAAACACCACUCAUUACAACACAAUACCUACAACCAUCAUCAACAUUACAACCAGUUCCAAUUGUCACGUCCAACAAAUCAAGCGACGCUGAAUAUAGCAUUAAUGGAAUAUUGACGAACACUGAAUCUUCAAUCUAUACAACAAAAUACGUCCAACCAUCAUCAACAUUACAACCAGUUCCAGUUGUCACUGCAGUCCCACCAGUCUACAAUCAGUCCACCACACAAUCCACAUCGACCACCACUCAAACACCACUCAUUACAACACAAUACCUACAACCAUCAUCAACAUUACAACCAGUUCCAAUUGUCACGUCCAACAAAUCAAGCGACGCUGAAUAUAGCAUUAAUGGAAUAUUGACGAACACUGAAUCUUCAAUCUAUACAACAAAAUACGUACAACCAUCAUCAACAUUACAACCAGUUCCAGUUGUCACUGCAGUCCCACCAGUCUACAAUCAGUCCACCACACAAUCCACAUCGACCACCACUCAAACACCACUCAUUACAACACAAUACCUACAACCAUCAUCAACAUUACAACCAGUUCCAAUUGUCACGUCCAACAAAUCAAGCGACGCUGAAUAUAGCAUUAAUGGAAUAUUGACGAACACUGAAUCUUCAAUCUAUACAACAAAAUACGUCCAACCAUCAUCAACAUUACAACCAGUUCCAGUUGUCACUGCAGUCCCACCAGUCUACAAUCAGUCCACCACACAAUCCACAUCGACCACCACUCAAACACCACUCAUUACAACACAAUACCUACAACCAUCAUCAACAUUACAACCAGUUCCAAUUGUCACGUCCAACAAAUCAAGCGACGCUGAAUAUAGCAUUAAUGGAAUAUUGACGAACACUGAAUCUUCAAUCUAUACAACAAAAUACGUCCAACCAUCAUCAACAUUACAACCAGUUCCAGUUGUCACUGCAGUCCCACCAGUCUACAAUCAGUCCACCACACAAUCCACAUCGACCACCACUCAAACACCACUCAUUACAACACAAUACCUACAACCAUCAUCAACAUUACAACCUGUUCCAAUUUUUACUUCUCUCCCACUGAGCUCUAAUCUAUCGGCGUCUUCAAUGUUUACUUCUGGUUUUUAUUCAGAUGAUGGAUGUUCUUAUAAUUCAUCUGUGUCUUUUGUUUCAUCGAAUGAUGAUCUUUUUGUUGUUCCCAAUAUUUCUGAUUCUGAUUUGCUUACUCCUGAUAUUGAUUUUCCUAAUUUCAACUCUGAUACUUUAAAUAAUCCCAUUUCUUUUGAUUCUCACUUUGAUUAUUAUUCUUCUUCUUCUGAAUUACCUGUUUUUGGAAAUUCAGAUGAUGAUAAUUAUCACAAUUGUCAUCCUGUUCACGAGAAUGAUUGUCAUUCAUUGAUGAAUUAUAUUCCUUUCUAUGAUUAUAAUAAAGUAAUAAUAUUGAGAUUAUUUAAAUGUUGUCAACACCUUUAUUCAUGUAAUACAGAAAAUUGUUAUAUCAAUAUUUUUGUGAAACAAUUAUGUGAUAAAUAUUUUCUAUAA